AUGGCUCUGGGCCUGGGGCUGCCGGACAAUGUGGCCGCCCUGGCGGUGUUCGUCCGCAGCAGCCGGCGUCUGGGUCAGGCCCUGCGGCUCUACCUGCUCAACCUGGCCCUGGCCGACGUGCUCUUCACGCUCACGCUGCCGCUCUGGCUCACCUACUACCUGCGCCCGGUCCACUGGCCCUUCCCCGAGGCCGCCUGCCGCGCGGCUGGGGCCGCCUACUACUUGGCCACCUACGCGGCCGUGGCCUUCGCCGCGCUCCUCAGCUUGUGCCACUGCGGCUCCGUCCGCGGGCCCCGGCCCAGGGCCGCCUGCAGCCUCGCGCUGCGCCGCCGAGGACCCGCGCGCGCCGCCUGCGCCGCCGCCUGGCUGGCGGUCCUGGCCAGUGCCGCGCCCUCGCUGGCCGCGCCGCACGCGCUGGACCCCGGGCCAGGGGGCGCCGCUCGGUACCUGGAGCGCGUCUGGGCGCGCGCCGGCCUGGCCUACGCCACCGUGGCCUUCUUCGCCGCCGCCUUCCUGCUGGUGCUCGCGGCCUACGUGAGCCUGGAGCGGGCUCUCGGCGCGCCCUCGGGCCCCGGCCCGGUCCCCGCCGGCCCGCACCGGCGCGCGGCCAGGACCACGGUGCUGGGGCUCCUGCUGGUGUCCGCCCUCUGCCUGGCGCCCUACCACCUGCUGCUGGCGCCCUGGGUGGCCGGGCGGGAGGGCGCGGCGAGCAGCGACGGCUUUGGGUGCCGCGCCGCUUCCACCCUCGACGUCCUGCACGCCCUCAGCCGGGCGCUGUUGAGCCUCAACAGCUGCCUGGACCCGCUCAUCUACUGCUUCUCCGUGUGCCGCUUCCGCCAGGACGGCUGCGCGCUGGGCUCUCGUCCGAGGCUGGGAGCGCGCGGCGCACACGCCGCCUCGCUGGCCGCCUCCUCGCGAGGCCCUGGCCUCUCCCACGCCUGCGGCACCCCUGCCACCCUGCGCGCAGGACACUGGAUGGAGGAAGCCCUCGAAAGGACCCAGAUUCCCGAUCCUGACUCAACCACCGGCUAG